AUGGUCAUCGAAGGCCUGCGGCGAAAGACCCGUCACCCAGAGAGAGCAAAGCCCAGCGACCGAAUCCCCCCCAAUCCACCCCUCCCCGUGUGGCUGUGUGCAGGCGCAGCACACCGACCCAACAAUGGCUGGGAGAGUACCUCCACAUCGAAGGCUCCAACGGCAGGCAGGCUGGCGCCGAUCCGGGGCCCAGUAUGGAGCAGGGCGAGGAGGAGGAGGGCCGUGGUAGCUUUAGCAGCUCGUCCACACCUGGUGAAAAGGAGGGGGAAGACACUGCCGUGUCCGACAGUGAGCCCGAGUCUGGUAGAACCAGCGCCGGUUCUAACCCGGACGGAGGUCGCACCUGUUCCCAACACCGCCAACCCCCACCAGCCGCUGUGCAGGACUCGGUGUGUGGACCUCGGUUCUGAAGGGCCUCCUGACUUCUUGUCAGGGGAUUCUUCGUCCGGGGAGGCCCUGAGGGAGUACCAGACCAAACUGGAGUUUGCCCUGAAAUUGGGCUACGCAGAAGAGCAGGUGCGACUCGUGCUCGCCAAGCUGGGCCCGGACACGCUCAUCAACGACAUACUGGGGGAGCUGGUCAAACUGGGCGGUAAGGCCCAGACAACCAAACAGCUGACCGGAUCUAUGGGUUCACAGCCCGCGUCGUCUUCCUCCUGCUGCUCCUCUUCCUCCUCCUCUACCUGUGGUUACGUGGAGGUUGGGGAGGCCCAGCAGGGGAGGUCAGACUCCCCGUUUCAGGCAGACCUCCUCCUGGAGGACAAGGACAACCUGCGCCCAGUGGUCCUGGAUGGCAGCAAUGUGGCGAUGAGCCACGGCAAUAAGGAGGUGUUCUCCUGCCACGGCAUCCAGCUGGCUGUCGACUGGUUCCUGGAGCGAGGUCACUGUGACAUCACCGUGUUUGUUCCCGCCUGGAGGAAAGAGCAGUCCCGUCCCGAUGCCCUUAUCACUGACCAGGAGGUCCUACGUCGUCUGGAGAAGGAGAAGAUCUUGGUUUUCACUCCUUCUCGUCGGGUCCAGGGUCGCCGGGUGGUCUGCUACGAUGACCGCUUCAUUGUCAAGUUGGCCUACGAAUCCGACGGCAUCAUUGUCUCCAACGACAAUUACCGCGACCUGGCCAACGAGAAGCCGGAGUGGAAGAAGUUCAUUGACGAGCGGCUGCUUAUGUAUUCGUUCGUCAACGACAAGUUCAUGCCUCCUGACGACCCUCUCGGUCGUCACGGCCCCAGUCUGGAGAACUUUCUGAGGAAACGUCCCAUCAUGCCAGAACACAAGAAGCAGCCCUGUCCGUAUGGUAAGAAGUGCACAUAUGGCCACAAGUGUAAGUACUAUCACCCUGAACGGAGUGCCCAGCCCCAGCGUUCGGUGGCAGAUGAGCUGCGAGCCAUCGCCAAGACCUGCGCCACUUCCGCUGGCGCCAAGUGCCAGGGCGGUGAGGCUGUCGCGGGCCUGGUGAAGAGCCACAGCGUGCCCACCAAUGUAGCCAUGGGCGCCAAGAGAGGCUGCGCCUCCAAAAAGCCGUCCGACCCUGGCACACGGGCGCUGUCGUACAGCGAGGCCGAGGACCGGCUGAGACACGCUGACAGGCGCGACAACAGCCUCGGUAGCAGCGGCGGUAGUGUCACUCUGUCCCCUGCCUCCUCAGCCCUCAGCUACCCCCAGGACCAACCACCGAGCCUGGGCAGGGACACCCACCGCGUGACCCCGCUGCCCGGCCAUUACCCAUACAUCUCCGGCUGUGAACCUCCGGACCUGAGCUACUACUCGUUGACCCAGGCCCGUUCUGUUCCCAGCCAGGCGGCACGGAGGAGCCCGGAGUGCCGCUUCCCCCCGGACCAGGACCUCCGCCUCCCGGGCUGGUCGGACUGCGGCAGUGAGGGCAUUGCGGGCUGUGACUCGCACAGGGAGAGGGCCUCCUGUCCAGGCUGCCCAGACCCCCCGCCGGACCGUCACGGGCACUAUCAACACCAUCAUCAUCAUCAUCAUCAUCAUCAACACUCUGCCCCUCCGCCCGAGACACAUCACCUCCACCACACCCACGCCCCCUCCUCUGCCCUCCACGGUUAUCACCAGAACCUGGCACGGGGUCACAGCUUGCCCCGUGACUUGCACCCUGAACCCCAACUCAACCUCCCUCUGUACCCAAUGCACGCUCAUCUUCAGCACCAGUCCGUGGGUGCCCGCUCUAGCUGCCCCGUGUCCCAGUCCAUCCCGGACCCCGCUGGCACCUCUCUGGGUCGCUGCCUGGCCAACACGCGUCUGGAGACGCUGUCGGACUCCCAGCUGUACGAGCGCUCCCCGCUGCCCCGAAGGAAGGCCUUCUCCUGGGAUCCCUACUGCCGCCAAGCCCCUCAGACCCGCUAUGAAACCUACCAGAGUCUCCCAGAGACCGCCGACGUUGGCUGGGGACACGCGUCCUCCUGGAGACAGGCCACCCACUCCUACCGCCCCCCCCAGCCGCCCCAUCUGACCAUGCCCCCCCACCACCUUCACCAGGAGCCCCCUGCCCUCAGCCGGUACGGAGACCUGAGGGAGAAGGUCUACCUCAACCUGUGUAACAUCUUCCCCUCUGAGCUGGUGGGCAGGGUGAUGGGGAUGAACCCACAUGUGACAGACGCCCAGCAGCUAGCGGCCGCCAUCUUGGCUGAGAAGUCCCAGUCUGGCUACUGAGAACCUGCUAGCCUACUUUGUCCCUCUAUUCAUGACCACACGUUGUUGUGCUUCUGACAGUAUGAGCUUUUUAAUUUAUUUGGGUGUACAUUUGUUUGUUAAUAAUGUAGUGUUCGUCAUUUGCAGGUGAGGAUGUGGAUUUAUUUGGAAAAAAGCACUUUUUCUUAGAUGUUUAUCAAAUCUGAAACAUUUAGAAAAUCCCAUUGGCCAUCAAAUCCGAAGAACCUGAUAUGCCUACUCUUUGCUACUAUGCUGAACUACUCCAUUCAUAAUCAUUUCCAAAUUGAUUAUCAUUCAUCAGCAGAAUCUCGGUUUUCAGUUUUAUGUAAAAUAAGAAUGUUCAAUUUGGUGUCAACUUUCUUAAAAUGUGUGUCUAAUUUAUUCAAAUUUUCAGUGUUUUUUUAUUGCUGUCUGUCAGUUGGUUCCAUUCAAUGUUGGGAUAAUAGUUGGCUGAGUUGCAGUCCUCUCAGUUCAGACAAUGUCCAUUAGUGUUUUGUUACAGUAGUUGUAGAGAUGGGCGCGUUCAGCAACGUUGUCUUGUUGUGUACCUUAGUUUUAGUAAGGAACAUCUCUGGCCCCUUGUUUUGGGUCUAACGUGGUAGCUGCUGCAGACAAAGCAGACUCCAGCUCCAGUUCUUAGAAGUAAAGGAAAUCUAGGGCGGAGCUUAAUGUGAACAGUCUGUUACAGUUACCAGCUCAAUCCAUGGUAGACAGAGAAAGCCUUUCUUUGUUGAUACAAAUUGUAUCAUUGACUUAAUCAUAGAGGAUUGUAUACCUGACCAUUUAUAUCUGGGCGUGUAAUCAAUUAUUGAAAAGCUGUUUUCAUAUAGCUAGCUAUAAGUGAAGUGCAUUUAGAAUGAUAAAAGAGAUGCUCGGGCCACAUUUGAUUGUUUCUAAACAUGGUUUGUUCAGAAAUAUUAAUCAGGUCAGUUGGAGGUGUCAGUUGGCUAGUCAGAGGUAUUCUGACUUAUAGAACCGAGGACAACCUAGGCUGGGUUGAAUCUCAGCUGGCCAGAAAUACACAGUGGGUCUGUAUGAAUUUUAAAAAAUUAAAUGCCUUCUCCCUGGCCCCGUGGCACUGUGUGUCAGAGAGGGCUGGGACCAGGGUCACAAGUAAUGCCUCUAAACGGCAUUGUGCUUAAGACACAUCCAAUACUCUGAACCAUGUUCAGCUAACUGUUAUGCAUGUUUUCUUUGUGCUCUCUUCAAAUGUUACUGUGUUUGUCAUGUUUUCUGUGAGCUUGAUCCGUCGGUUCCGUUAUAUUAUACUAGCUUGACGUGUGUUUAACAAAAACAGUAUAGAUCGUUUUAUUCAUAAAGCGGAUGGUUCAAGUCCUCAAUGCUAAUUGGCUAAAACCUUUGGUAUAUCAGACCUUAUUAACUAAGUGGUUUGAAUGCUGAUUGGCUGAUAGCUGUGGUAUAUGAGAACGUAUACCAAGGGUAUGACAUAAAAUCCCUUUUUAAUGCUCUAAUUGCAUUGGUAACAGAUUUAUAAGCGCAGUAAGGUAUUUUGGGGGUGGUCACCAACAAGUUACUAACAAAACUAGAAUGUUUGAAAUAUGAACUGGUAUCAGUAAGCAAUAAGGCACAAGGGGAUGUGUUAUUGCCAAUAUAUCAUGGCUAAGCGCUAUGUCCAGGCACUCUGCAAUGCUUGGCUGUGGUAUAUUGGCCAUAACACACCCUCUUGUGCCAUAUCACUUACUGAUACCACUUCAUAUUUUACACGUUCUAGUUUUGUUGGUAACCAGUUUAUAAUACCAUUAUGGCAUCAGAUAUAUGGCCAGUAAACCCCAGCUAAGGGCUGUAUCCAGACAGUUAUCUUGUGAUAGCUGUGGGUAAUUGCUUGUUUACCAGUAUGUUUUGUAUUGUGAGAUUGGUUCUUAUUUUGUUGAAAAUGCAUACGGUUGCGUAAUCUGAUGUGGUGAGUAGUCCUCAUGAAUUUAAACUGUAACACCAAACACUGAAUUACCUUGUACAAUAACUGCUCUAGAAUUUUAAGAACAGAUUUGAUUGGUUCAUUUUAGGCCGGUUACGGUAAAAAAAAUCAACCCACAUGGAAGCAUGAACAGGAUUAGAACCCGGUUCAUUUUGAUUCACAUUACAAUGCUUUAGUCCACUGGGUUUUGACCAUUUAAAGCUCGUCAGUCUUUAAGAACAUUAGUGGAUCUUAUAAGGUUGUAAUACAGACGUGGCAUUGGAAUUUGACCUGGUAACCUGCAUGUAACACCUGUCCUCCAGCACGCCAUUACGGGACUGUUGGGAUUUAAUCGAAUCACUCGCUUUCAUGAGACACAAGUUCAAAUGACAAUGGACCUCUUCCUUUGUUUACCUUGAUGGGUAAUGUUUGUGCCAUAGUGAUAUCAUGUACCUGCUGGUCUUUGUGUCAAAAUCUGGAGAAAAUGUACAUUAGAAUUCAAUAAAAAGAUUAUCAACUCA